GGCCUGCGCUGCCGCGCGUCCUUCCGGGCCGCGAUCGCCCAACGCGGUUCCCUCCGCUUUCCCACCGGUUCUCCUCUGCUGUGAGCGCGUCCCUUCUUCCCCAAGGUGGGCGGGUUGUCUUGUCCUUUUCUCUAGCUAGCCCUGUAAAUUAGUUUGACCCCGCAGCCUCGUGACAUCUCUACCAACUCUGUGCCAGGGCAGUGCUCCGCUUUUCCUCCCGUUUAUUAAUUCAGAGGGAUUCACCCUUAACUCCGAGUCUGCCCUAUUGCCAUAUGGUAGGGCACAAAAUGUAGACAUGAAAUAAUUACAUUGCAGUUCAAACGGGUGCAGUUCUGGUAUUGAGACUCAGGGUGUUCGCGACCCAGCAAUGUUGUGACAAUCAGGAGCUUUGGGAAUUUUUAAAAUUACUGCAUGUAAUCCAUUAAUAUCUUGGGCCAAUCCAGUUUUUAAAAAUAGAUCAUUAUCCGUAGUGGGGACUCUUUCCAGCGAUCUGUAGGGCAUCUUGUGAUACAGAUAUCAAUACAACAAAUGAGACUAAGUUGAGCUGUUCUGUCAUUCGAAAUGGACUGGAAGGUUACUGCGGUGACAAACGACAUAAUGUUUACACUUUGAAUUUAACUGAAGAUGCUCAAACCUAAGGGAGUAAAAGGUAUAGCUGUGGACCAACUGUCUAUGAUCAUGCACACCUUGGCCAUGCUUGCUCGUAUGUUAGAUUUGAUAUAAUUCGAAGGAUCCUAACCAGGAUUUUUGGAUGCAACAUCAUCAUGGUGAUGGGAAUUACAGAUGUGGAUGAUAAGAUAAUUAAAAGGGCCAAUGAAAUGAAGAUAUCACCUGCUUCUCUUGCCAACCUUUAUGAAGAAGAUUUUAAACAGGAUAUGGCAGCCUUGAAGGUUCUCCCGCCCACUGUGUACUUGAGGGUAACUGAAAAUAUUCCUGAGAUCAUUUCUUUCAUCGAAGGAAUAAUUGCUAAUGGGCAUGCUUAUUCAACAGCAAAAGGCAACGUCUACUUCGAUCUGCAGUCGAGAGGAGACAAGUAUGGCAAACUGGUCGGCGUGGCUCCUGGUCCUGUUGCAGAGCCAGGUGAUUCUGACAAGCGGCAUGCCAGCGACUUUGCCCUGUGGAAGGCAGCUAAACCCCAGGAGAUAUUUUGGGCCUCUCCUUGGGGAAACGGAAGACCUGGCUGGCAUAUCGAAUGUUCUACCAUCUCAAGUUUGGUGUUUGGAAGUCAACUGGAUAUUCAUUCAGGUGGGAUAGACCUAGCUUUUCCGCAUCAUGAAAAUGAAAUCGCACAGUGUGAGGUCUUUCAUCAGUGCCAACAAUGGGGAAAUUAUUUUCUACAUUCUGGACAUUUGCAUGUGAAAGGCAAGGAAGAAAAAAUGUCCAAAUCCCUGAAAAACUACAUCACUAUUAAGGACUUUCUGAAGUCGUUUUCCCCUGAUGUCUUCCGGCUCUUCUGCAUGAGGAGCAGCUACCGGUCAGCCAUUGACUACAGCGACAGCACCAUGCUGGAGGCACAGCACCUCCUCCGGGCCGUGGCCGCGUUCGUCGAGGAUGCCCGGGCCUACAUGAAGGGGCAGCUGGCGUGCGGCCCCGUCAGGGAAGACGUGCUGUGGGAGAGGCUCAGCCACACCAAGGCUGCUGUGAAGGCUGCCUUGGCGGACGACUUUGACACGCCCGGGGCGGUGGAUGCCGUCAUGGAUCUCAUUCACCAGGGGAACCGACAGCUGAAGGUGGUCGCCAAGGAACCUGGCGGUCCUAGAAGUCCUGCCGUGUUCGGCUCCGUCAUUUCCUACAUUGAGCAGUUUUUUGAGACAGUUGGAAUUUCUCUGGCAGACCGACAGUUUGUUUCAGGGGAUAGUGGCUCAGCCACUCUGCACAGCGUGGUGGAGGAGCUGGUCCGAUUCCGGCUCAAGGUCCGGCAGUUCGCCCUGGCCACGGGAGAGGCUACCAGGGAGGCCCGGCGGCAGCAGCUCCUAGAGAGGCAGCCCCUGCUGGAGGCAUGUGACAUCCUGCGCCAGGACCUUGCCGCCCAUGGCAUCAGUAUUAAGGACAGGAGCAGCACAUCCACGUGGGAACUGCUGGGUCAGAGGUCAGAAGACCACAAACCUGGGAGCUGAGGAUGCCUGAAGUGGGAACCAGAGGCUCACAAUGCAGUUCUGUGCUUGCCUAUGCCAUUAGAGCUUUACAUUAAAGUUUUCCAUUGUGGCUAUUUAGUCAACAUUAAAAUAAAUCAAACUGAUACCAUCCC